UGACAACUGUGAAAAAGAACCUUGGAUUAUUUUAUUUUAUUUUUGUGGAACACCACAAUCUCAAAUCCAUAGAACAUAUCAGGCUUCAACUUCCUUGUAGAAUUCUAAAAUAACCUUUGCUAAUGAGGAUGUCUGAUACUGUUACUGCAAACAAUGAAACUGAAACAAUGAAGGAUUUGGACACAGAAGUGAAAGAUACAACCAGAGUUGAAAAUCUUAUCAAAUCAGAUAACUAUGGGAAGAUUUUGGCAGAGAAGAAUGAACGUUGCAUUGACAACAAUAUUGAUUUGCAGCGGCCAUUGCAGUCAUUUGGACAGACAGGAAAAAGGUCUAAGUCAAGCUCAAAGUUAAAGCUAGUUCGGAGCCUUGCAGUGUGUGAAGAAUCUCCACCACCCCCUACAACAGAGAUAACACAGGAGAACCAGGAGAAAAUUCAGGUCCAGUUAACACAAUCAUUUGAAAAAGAGGAGAAACCCUCAAAAGAUGAAGCAGAAAAAGAAAAAGCCAGUGAUAAAUUGCCCAGAAAAAUGCUAUCAAGAGAUUCCAGUCAAGAAUACACUGAUUCAACUGGCAUAGAUCUACAUGAAUUUUUAGUAAAUACAUUAAAAAACAAUCCCAGGGACAGAAUGAUGCUGUUGAAAUUGGAACAAGAAAUUUUAGAUUUCAUUGGUAAUAAUGAGUCUCCACGUAAAAAAUUCCCCCCAAUGACAUCUUACCAUAGGAUGCUAUUACACAGAGUUGCCGCUUACUUUGGACUAGACCACAAUGUUGACCAGAGUGGGAAGUCUGUCAUAGUAAAUAAAACUAGCAAUACAAGAAUACCUGAUCAGAAAUUUAAUGAACAUAUUAAGGAUGAUAAAGGUGAAGAUUUUCAGAAACGGUAUAUUCUCAAGAGAGAUAACUCUAGCUUUGACAAAGAUGAUAACCAGAUGAGAAUACGUUUGAAAGAUGACAGAAGAAGCAAAUCUAUUGAAGAAAGAGAGGAAGAGUACCAGAGAGCUAGAGAUCGAAUAUUUUCCCAAGAUUCCCUGUGUUCCCAAGAGAAUUAUAUUAUUGACAAAAGAAUUCAAGAUGAGGAUGGUAAUAGUACCCAGCAGAGGCGUCAGAUAUUUAGAGUUAAUAAAGAUGCUUCAGGGAGAUCAACAAAUAGCCAUCAAAGCAGCACUGAGAAUGAGCUGAAGUACUCUGAACCACGGCCCUGGAGCAGCACUGAUUCAGACAGCUCUCUUCGAAACUUCAAGCCUGCUGUAACCAAAGCCAGCAGUUUCAGUGGAAUUUCAGUCCUGACAAGAGGUGAUAGUUCUGGAAGCAGCAAAAGCAUAGGCAGGCUUUCAAAAACAGGUUCAGAGUCUUCUGGUAGUGUAGGGUCAUCUACGGGCUCUCUUUCUCACAUCCAGCAGCCUCUUCCAGGUACAGCUCUCAGCCAGUCUUCUCAUGGCGCACCUGUCGUCUAUCCAACAGUCAGCACUCAUAGUUCUCUUUCCUUUGAUGGUGGCCUAAAUGGGCAAGUCGCAUCUCCUAGCGCUAGCUUCUUUUUGCUUCCCUUGGAAGCGGCAGGCAUACCACCUGGCAGUAUUCUGAUCAACCCACAAACAGGUCAACCCUUCAUUAACCCAGAUGGAAGUCCAGUUGUGUAUAAUCCUCCUAUGACUCAACAACCAGUUAGAACCCAAGUGCCUGGACCUCCACAGCCACCUCUGCCACCCCCACCACCUCAACAACAAGCAGCUAAUCACAUUUUCUCACAGGAUAACCUUGGAUCGCAAUUUAGUCACAUGAGUCUUGCCCGCCAACCAUCUACAGAUGGCUCUGACCCUCAUGCCACUAUGUUCCAGUCCACUGUUGUUCUUCAGUCCCCACAGCAAUCUGGUUACAUCAUGACAGCAGCUCCUCCACCUCCUCCACCUCCUCCCGGUCAUCCUGUAAAUCAGUCUGUGCUCCAGCAGCAGGGAUAUAUUCAGCAGCCCUCAUCACAGAUGCCAGCCUGUUUUUGUGCUCCAGGCCACUAUCACUCCAGUCAACCUCAGUAUCGCCCAGUCCAUUCUGUCCAUUACAAUUCACAUCUAAACCAACCACUGCCACAGCCUACACAACAGACAGGUUAUCAAGUUAUGCCCAGCCAACAGCAAAACUACCAAGGAAUAGUUGGAGUUCAGCAACCUCAGAGUCCGAGCCUGGUUGGUGGCCAACCCAACAGCAUUGGAAAUCAGAUCCAGGGAGUAGUGAUCCCCUAUUCUUCAGUGCCAUCCUAUCAGGUUUCACUGUCUCAAGGUUCUCAAGGAAUUGCCCAUCAAACUUAUCAACAGCCUGUUAUGUUUCCCAAUCAGUCUAAUCAAGGAUCUAUGCCCACAGCAGGAAUGCCAGUUUACUAUAGUGUCAUUCCAUCUGGCCAGCAAAAUAAUUUAAGCUCAUCAAUAGGUUACUUGCAACAUCCAGGGCCAGAACAAGUACAGUUUCCUCGAACUACUUCACCAUGCAGUUCCCAGCAGCUUCAAAGUCACCAGUGUACAGCUAUGCCACCUCUGCCACCUGGUGGAGGAAUGGUGAUGAUGCAACUAAAUGUACCAAACAAUCCACAAUCUCGCGCUCACUCACCCCCCCAAUGGAAACAAAACAAAUAUUACUGUGAUCACCAGAGAGGACAAAAGUGUGUGGAAUUUAGUAAUGUAGACAAUAUUGUUCCGCACAGCUCUCAACUCAGUAGUCCCAUUAUUUCACCAGCACAGUCACCAGCACCAGCUCAGCUCUCCACCCUGAAAACUAUACGUCCCUCUGGACCACCACUUUCCAUCAUGUCCCAAUUUUCUAGGCCUUUUGUCCCUGGGCAAGGAGACACCAGAUAUCCACUACUUGGCCAACCACUACAAUACAACCCUCCUGCUGUUCUGCAUGGACAUAUUCCUACCCAACAGGAGCUGAGCAAGGAAGUGAAACUGAGUGUUGUUGGGAAGGUUUUGGAAAUUACGGAACUGCCAGAUGGAAUAACUCGCAUGGAAGCCGAGAAGCUUUUUGGGGAACUCUUUAAAAUUGGCGCCAAGAUCCGGUGGCUUCGGGACCCCCAGUCCCAGCCCCAGCUGCGUCGUCACCCCCUCUGCUGUGGCAGUGGGGACAAUGCUGUCAACCCUGACCGCUCUAAGCCCAGUGACUUGGCCUCCACAUACACCGUCUUAGCCACAUUUCCCUCCAUUUCAGCUGCACAGAAUGCAUUGAAGAAACAAAUUAACUCGGUUAACAAGUUUAAGCUGAGAACAAGCAAGAAGCACUAUGACUUUCACAUCUUGGAAAGGGCAAGUUCUCAGUAGCAGAGCCGUCUUGGAUCCUUGAUCUUUCUGAUUCCCCUGUCUUCUCCCAUCAUUAAUUGGCUUGGUAUUUGGAGCUUCUGUUAAUAUGAUAGAAACUCCUAGGAUAUGUGGUCAUGGCGUUAUAGCUUUUGAAAACAGGCCAGUGAUCCAGCUGAGUGGGGAGGGAAAUACACUUUUCACUCCAAAUGACUGUAGGAAUCCACAUCAGAAUGAUACAGAGUUAGCAGCUUCUUCUGAGGAACUACUGUUCAGAUGCCUCCUAACUUUUAUAGUUAUUUUGUUUUGUAUUUCUGAAUUCUUGUAUCAGAUCCAAAGCUUUAUUGUACAGCAAAUUAUUCUUCAAAAUGAUUACAACCAGUUGCAACCUGUAUUUCUUUUUUUGUAGCCAGCACAGUGUAAUCCAACAUAGAAUUUGGGGGAAAAGAAUUCAGGAGUGGAAUAACCAAGUCAAAACCAUGUGCUGUCUUUUUGAGGGUAUGGGGAGUGACUUAAGGAGAACUCACAAAUAUAAGAUUACUCCUCCCCCAUAUCUCCAAACACAGAAAAAUUUUCCAGAUAAUAACAGAAUUCCGUCAUAGGAUCCUUUCCUUAUUCAUUCAAGUAGUAUGAACAUUAAGUGUAAAGUAAAUUAUGUUUUCACUGCCUCUUAAUCAAACCACUUAGAUUCAAAGGGGAAUUGUCAUCAUUCUAGGUAAGAAAAUACUUCCACUUUUUCUGUGUUGUCUCCUGCCAAUAACUAAAUGCCACUUCUUUGUAUUCCCCUCCUUGUGGAUGUUUAGUCAUCUAACGCAAUGCAUUAGAUGAGUGCUGGAAACUUCUUAUUAAGUGGUUUAAGAUAUGUUUUCAUUGUUUGCAGCGGAUCACUGGACAUCAAAGAUUCAUUGCACUUACGAACAAGGAACCUUUUUUUCACUUUCUGUGUAAUUUGCAAGGCUGUACAAUGUGUGCUGAUGCAAGCCUUUUCAGUUCAAAAGAAUAAAUGUUUACAAA